GUAAUGAAAAACACAGUAUUCAGGUUGCUUCUCAACAAGAAGAUGGUGAACCUACACUACAAGACAUGGCUGUACUUAUAGAACAAGUCACUGGAGUUCCAGUUCCUUUUCAGAAACUGAUAUACAAAGGGAAGUCUCUGAAAGAAAUGGAACAGCCGUUGUCAGCACUUGGUGUUAAAAAUGGUUGCAAAGUCAUGUUGAUUGGGAAAAGGAAUAGUCCAGAAGAAGAGGCUGAAUUAAAGAAGUUAAAAGAUUUGGAGAAGUCAGUGGAGCAAAUAGCUAAUAAGUUAGAGGAAGUUAAUAAAGAGUUCACAAGUAUCCAGAAGGGAUUUUUAGCAAAGGAUCUUCAAGCCGAAGCGCUAAAACAGCUGGACAAGAGGAUAAAAGGAACUGCAGAGCAGUUCAUGAAGAUCCUGGAACAGAUUGAUGCCACUAAUCUGCCAGAGAAUUUCAGUGAUUGCAAGCUGAAAAAGAAGGGGUUGGUGAAAAGGGUUCAGGUUUUUCUUGCCCAGUGUGAUACCAUUGAAGGAAAUAUUGGUCAAGAAAUGGACAAGCUACAGUCAAAGAAUUUGGCACUAUCAGAAUGAGGCACUGCCCUAUCUUAUUAGGAAACAUAAUUGCUCUAUGAGCAAGAAGAAAAGUUUGCUCUUUGUUUUGGAGCAGGUAUUCAGCUUUUUUUUUUUUUUUUAAGCCCAGUCUGUUAGACUGGUACUAGUAAAUCAUUUCUUGCUGGUUGUCUUUGCCGCUUGGUUAGACCUAUUAUUUUGAAAAUAAUAUCCUUCCUGAAGAAUUGCAGAAAUAAUCUUUGUGGUGAAUUAUUAUGUAUCUUACGGACAAAUGCUUAGUUAACUAAGUUACAAAGUUUGCAGUGGUGGGCAAUUUUGUCUGAUACGUCUUCGAAUUCAUUUACAGCUCAAAUCAAAGAAUGUCUAUAAUUGUACGAGUGCCGUAAGUUGCAAUUGUAGGACUUCAGCUUGAUUGAAAAAGGCAAACUGAGAUGACAUCUGGGAAAGUCGAACAUUCUUGUAGACAAUUUAGAGCAAUAAAAAAAAUCCCUACAUGUUUGUAUCCACUUAAUGUUUGUAUGCAUUUAUAAAUAGAAGUAAGCUUGACUACAAGGGAGUCGUACCUAUUUUAGCCUUAAAUUGUCAUAAUAAAUGGCAUGUACUGUAACACGUAUGGUACUUAAUUUUGAGUGGUGCUUUAAGUUGUUACUGAGCUCCUUGA